AACAAUCUGAGAGAACUGGAUUUUCUAGCUGUAAUAAAUAAGAGCAGCUCUUCUCCAUCUCUAACUAUCCUUUGCCAUCUAGAGUUACACAUUGACAGGAGUACAACGAGGAAGACAAAGCCAGCACCUACACUGGUUCUCAUGCUCAGAUUUGAAAAGGACUUUGUACAACAUUACCUGAUGCCAGCCUGAACAGAGUAUACUGCAUUUCAGGAAGACUUUUCUUGCUUUGGGAUUACUUUGUUUUGUCACUGCUUUGGAUUACAGUCUCCUUUUUGUGCUGAUGGUUUUGCACAUUAUAUGUUGCUGAGCCUCUUGUGGCUCUUGAAUUAUCAGCUGCCAUCCACAGUGUACCAAUAAUAUUGUCGGACAGAAACAUAAUUGCUUUGCAUAUUUCAGCUGUCAAGCAAAUAGUGUGUUUAAUGCAUUCUGCAAUGUGGCACUGAGGCACAGGGGAAUGCAUCGCUAUGGCUGCAGCCGUGCAGCAAAACGAGAUUGUUUACGAAUUUGCCAGCAACUGUAUGGAAGAGCAACAGCUUGGUGAUCCCUCCAUUUUUCCUGCUGUGAUUGUGGAACAAGUUCCCAAUGCGGAUCUCCUCCAGGAUUACUCUGGCCUGGCCUGCAACAAUCGCUCUGUAGAAAUGAUACAUGAAAAUUCCUUGGAUGUUGCUGAGGAACAAAUCAUAGAGGAGGAAGACAUCACAAUUACAGUUGAAGCUUCCUGUCAGAAUGGAGAUGAAACAAUGGAAACUAUUGAAGCUGCAGAAGCUCUUCUGAACAUGGACUCCCCAAAUUCUGUUCUGGAUGAGAAACGCAUUACUCAUGUAAUUGUGCCGUCACCUGGAGAGGUAAUUGCUACCCCAGUUACCCAAGUCCCAGUAAUUACAGAUGGGAUGCCAGAAGUGCUAGAGGUUCACCAUGUUCAAGAAACACACAUGAAACCAGCGGCUCACCAGUUAGAGCUACCAAAGAAGAAAAAAGUCAGAAAGCAAAAGCCGCCUAGACCAGAGUCACCUAAUACUCCUCAUAUCAAUGUGAAAAGGAAAAGUAAAGAUGGAAAAGGUAAUACAUUAUACCUCUGGGAAUUUUUAAUCGCCUUGCUCCAGGACAAAUCAACAUGCCCAAGAUAUAUUAAAUGGACCCAGAAAGAGAAGGGAAUCUUUAAACUGGUUGACUCUAAAGCUGUUUCACGUCUCUGGGGAAAGCAUAAAAACAAACCUGACAUGAAUUAUGAGACAAUGGGAAGAGCUCUGAGGUAUUAUUACCAGCGGGGCAUUUUAGCCAAAGUGGAAGGACAGCGAUUGGUGUAUCAAUUUAAAGAAAUGCCCAAAGACCUAGUAUACAUCGAUGAUGAAGAGCCAUCAUCUGUGGAGAGUUGUGAGAUAAAUGUGGAGCACAACAACCCUGGUACAGCGCUUGCCUCAAAGACUUCACUCAGCAGCAAAAAUACAGCCACAAAGCAAAGGGGAAGGUGCAUAACGACAGAAGCAGCAACCUUGGUAACAGAGCAGUCAGCCCCGACUGAUGGAGCUCUGAAUGCUGCCUUGAACAAUAUAGGAGGCAAAUCUGUCAAGACUUUGGAGCUUAUACAGCAGCACCAUUUACCUGUAGUCUCUGCAGAAAUGCUAAGAACUUUGCAGACCCUUCAGUCACUGCAGGCUGGGCAGCAUGGCUCUGUGUUUAGGACAAUGCAGAUUCUGGAAAACCUUCAGAAUACACAGGAGCUUGGAAAUGAUUCUUCUCAAGGGACAGCGUUAAUUACCAUGCCAGGCGAGUCAUUUGAAAUGAAAAGCGCUUCCCAGAUCCCCGUGGUUGUGACACCAGGUGGGCAACAACUUCAUACGGUUACCCUGCAGGCACUCCCUGUCAGCUCGGUCAUAUCAAGCAGCGAAGCGUCUCCAACUGUUGUUUCAUCACCAAAGAUCUUCUUGAGCACCAUCACGCCUCCUCAGCCUUUGACCUUAGUAAAGGAAAACAUCGGACUGUCAUCUCCCAUCGGGGAGCUGCCCACCUCUCCCUUGUUGCAGAAGCUUUCUCCAAGCCCACAGCCCAUCCUUCAGGCGUGUUACAACGGAAGUGUGCCAGAGGCUGCAGCCUCAGCCACACCAGUGGUGACCUUUGCAGCUGGGGGUCAGCAGCUUGUGUCUCAUCCUCCUGGCACUGUGAUAGCUUCCGUCAUUAAGGCACCCGAGUCCAAGCAGACAGUUUUACACGCACAGGUGUUACAAAGUAAGGAAAGCGAAAGCCCACAGCAUCCGCAGUACAGCGUGCUGGUGUUCAACGAAGUGUGUGCUCAGUCGGAGGAGGAGGACAGUUAGGAGAGAGCCACUCACUGUUGUGAGUAGAAGAGGAAGAAGAAGACAAAGAAACUGGUGCAAAAUAUGGCACUGAUU